GACUCAGAGUUUUCACUAAACCUGCUUUGUGAAACGGACCUCUGGAGAAUUGGUGUUAUACUUUAUAUUUGAGGUUGCACUUGUUAUUAUGUCACUUGGGUAAACACAGGAGAGAAGCGAAGCCGGAAGUUAAGACGCAUCACUCUCCCUCGUAUUUCUUCCUCUUUGGUUGUGAUGCUAACCCAGAGAGCCGCUGCCUGGCCGCCCUACCUGGGAUGGAUUUAGAAGAAGCUUUUCAUGUUGUCGGCGAGUUUGGACCCUACCAGAAGCGGGCGGUGGCUGUCCUUGUCCUGACACAGGUGUACAUGGCCUGUCAGUCCAUGCUGAUUGUUCUGAUUGGAUUCACACCAAAGUACCGCAUUGAGCAGCAGGACGCCAUCCCAUCCAGCCCGCAGGAGCUCCUCCAGCAUGUCACCUUUACUGAGGACGUCGACUCCAUCGUGACCGAGUGGUUCCUCAUCAAGCAGCAGGCCUAUAAGGUCAGUCUAGCCGGGUCGCUGUUCUUUGCAGGGCUUCUGGUCGGGAACGUCAUCUUUGGGCCGCUCUCUGACCGGAUCGGCAGGAGACCCGUCUACCUGACAGGUCUGUUUUUUGAGGUGGUCUUUGGUUACGUGACCGCCUUGGCCCCCAGCUAUGAGGUCUUCGCCUUGUCUCGUUUCCUGGUGGGGCUGAUGAACGGCGGCAUCAACGUCGCCUGCUUUGUUCUCACUCAGGAGUACGUGGGCAAAUCCUACUGGGCCAUGACCGGGACGUUAGCCAAUAUGAGUUUUGCGGUCGGCAUCGCCCUGUUUGGAGCUCUGGGCUACUUCGUCCGGCCGUGGAGGAGCCUCGCCAUGGUGGCCAACUCGUCCGGUGUCCUCUUCUUCCUGCUGUCUGCAACUCUGCCAGAGUCUCCUCGUUGGCUUUAUUCUCAGGGUCAGACGGAGCGAGCUGAAGAGGUUCUGCACUACAUGGCGCUGAGAAACGGCAACGCUGUCAACCACCUGAUGUUGCAACGUGUCGGUGCUGCUAAAGCCCGUAACCAUGACAACAGGGGUACGGGUGUCCUGCAGUUAGUGAUCCAUCCAGUCCUCCGUCUGAGGACAAUGGUGCUCAUGUUUGUCUGGUACGCGUGUAGUCUUGUGUACUAUGGUCUGACUCUGGGGGCCAGUGACACGUCUGGUAGCCGUUAUGUUAACGUAGCCAUGUACGGCCUGGUGGAGCUGCCCGCCUACCCGCUCUGCAUAUACUUCAUCAACAAACACUGGGCUGGGAGGAGGAAAAGCAUGUCCAGCUUCCUGUGUCUGGCCGGCUCCGCGUGUCUCUUCACCAUGUUCGUCCCUGAAAACACAGGGACGCUGCUGAGCGUUACGUCGUUGGCACUUCUGGGAAAACUGAUGGUCAGUGCAGCGUUCAACAUCGCCUACGUUUACACCUCUGAACUCUACCCGACUGUUAUCAGGAACGCUGGUUUGGGAGUUUGUUCCAUGUCGUGCAGAGUUGGAGGGAUUCUUGCACCGUUUGUUCCCUCCAUGCGGGCUCUCCACACCUCCAUGCCCUUCACUGUGUUCUGUCUGAGCGGUCUGUCUGCAGGCUGCCUCGGCCUCCUGCUGCCUGAAACCCUCAACAAACCCGCAGCCGAAACUCUGGAGGAGCUCAGCAGCCCGACACACAGCCGAGUGCUGGAGAACAAGCCUCUUUUAUAUGAAGAUGACAAAGCAAACCCCAAAUGAAGCCAGCGGCCUCAGUCUUCAUCACCGGAGCAGCUCGGAGCAGGGACGCAGAUUGUCCUCACCUCAUUCCUUAAUGCAGAACUACUGCCUCAAAAAGCGGUGAACUGUCCCUUUAAAUGAACUUAAAGGUCACCGUGUUUACGUCUGUGAACUAUGACAUUUCAAAGGGGGCGGGGACGUAGAUGCCGUCAGGAGGAGGGCGUUACAGACUAACUCGACUGUUCCUCUUGGGUGUAAUUUUACAGAAAAGCCGGACAGUCGACCUGCUGCCUUUUAUUUAGUUUCCUGAAUAUUGUCACAGUUUUUGUGCCUUAUUUGGAGGAAGAAAGCUGAGAGAGGGAGAGCGAGCAAAGAUAUGACGGGACGGACAUGAGCGACAUUCCAGAGAUGUGGCGAAGUUUGAAAAUCAAACUUGCUUUGAGCCACAGACUUUCCAAAACAGAGUAAUCUGACAUUUCAGUGCCGCGGGACACACACCACUCAUACUCAUAUUUUCUCAAAAUACAGUCAAUUCUGAUUUUUGGGGCCAAGAAAUGAUUUUGAUCUAACCCAUGAGAUGUUUUUCUCGUGUCACUGGAGGUUCGCUCAGUCCUGUACACAUGCUGAAGUUUUAGCAUACAGUUGCUAAAAGUACACUAAUUUUAGUAGUUCUGUUGGUAGCAUCCACAACUUU